AAUCGCAGUCAGCUCUUGUCAUCGAUACACAGUUAGUAUGAAUAGUACUCACAGAUCAAAGAGUUCACGCAUUUAAAAUCAUUCAAAUCAAAUUUCUACAAUAACAUGAGUAAAACUUGACCGAAGAUAUUACUUUGAUCGAUUUAUGUUCAUCUGACGAAACUUUUGCAAAAAUCGAAAUCGGAUCUACUCAUAAUAUCAGCGUAUACUAUGUUACAAUCGAUUUAAUCAAUUCUAUGAGAAUCAUUCUGGAUCGAAUAAUUUACAGUUUCCCUCUCGGCUCCACCUCGAUGAAUAAAUGAUACUGGCUCAAUGUGAACAUCUUACACAGAUUAAGGAUUUAUACAGUAUCUAAAGAUUCUAUAAAUUACAACCUACUCUAUUCAAAUCCUCUGUGAAACCUUGUUAUUUUAUGAAAACAGAUUCACUUUUUUCACAGUUGUCUAUCUUUAAAGAUAAUUGAACUCUGCAAGAGCCACAUUUACCCUGAAUCUUUCAAAUAAGAUUGUGCUGAAUUUUUACUGUAUUUUGAAACUGACUAUCUCAAUUAAAAAUUGUGCAUCAAGUAUGGAUUUCACAGAAACUGAUAACCAACUUACAAUAGUGAAUCGAUCAAAGGAACAUCGAAUCAGUAGAAAGCUAAUUCUUGAAAUACCUUAUUUUAAAAAGAUGUUACGCCAUGGUUUCAAGACUUCCAAGGUAAAUAAAGUUUUUUUGGAUUUCGAUGAACAGACUCUGGAAUCAUUUCUGGAUUGGUUUGAACUCGGUUAUACCUUCGUCGAGAUGAAAAACGCGUUAAAUAUGUUUCACAUGCUCGAUUGUUUUGGGAUAAAAAAAAAUGUUAGCAACAUUGAAACAUACUUUCAUAAUAAUUUUACAAUUGAACAUCUUCCCAUUAUUUUGCCUCAAGUUACUUCAACAUCUAAAUUGAUCAAUUCUGGUACUUUAAAUGCCUUCUUAUGUCGUUAUUUCGCAAAAAUAGCAAACACAACUGUUUGGUUGGAUUAUCCGAUAGAAACGAUUGAGUACAUUUGUAAGCUUGACCUGAUGGUUCAUUCAGAAAAACAAGUCUUUGACGCAAUCAUGAAAUGGGCCAACUUCAAGAGCGAUUCCAGGAAGUGUCAUCUAGAAAGAUUGUUAAAUUUGGUUCGAUUGUGCCAUUUGAAAGCUACAGAUAUGACUUUGAUUGAGGAAAAUGAAUUCGUUAAGUCUUCAGGCUUCAAACCAAUAAUUUGCUCCUCAAGAAAGCUCAAUUGUGAUUGUGGCCGCAACCGAACUGAUCAAAAUUAUUUCAUCAUGAUUGAAAGAUUGAAGGAUGAAGUCUUGCGAAUAAAAGUACUUGACAAUAAUCUUCUGCCAUUGUUCAAUCGCGUAGUGGAAUCUGACUCAUUAUUGCCUUCACAUAUUUUGCCUGAUAAAUAUAUUUCUGAUAUAUUUUUCGGUUUGGGUGAGGUUAUACGAGUUGAUUGGAGGCGGAAUAAAUACAAAUACCUUUCGGGGCAUCAUCAAGAUUCUUAUUCUGAAAAAAUCUUUGAAAGUAUUUAUAAAGAGGAUGGGCAUCAAAUCGAAGAUUAUUACUAUUGGAAUGGAUUUAUUGAAGCCAAUGAAAGAUGUAUUUUGAUCAAUUUCAAUUCCCAAUCGGUGCGGUAUUGGCCUAAACACACUACCAAAGAUACUAAGAUUUCUUCCGAUAAAUCUCAUUUUUUCCAUGCAACUGUUCUGGGUAAUAAUAUUUACCUGUUGAAUAAAAAACUUGAAUUUAUUCAGUCUGACAUCUAUUUCAAAAAAUGUGUGACUUUUGAUACGCAUAUCGAUAAAUCAAUAGCAGAACUCUGCUAUUUCAUUCUUACCUCCAAACAAUCUAAUGAUGAUAGAGUUAUUUUAAUUGAUACGAUCUCAAAAGAUGCUCGCUGUUUCAAUGUCAAUACUAAAGAAUGGAGUUCAAUCAAUCAUAUAAUUUAUCCUAGCUAUUACUCUAAUGCUGAAAAAAUGGAAUUUUUUCGACUGUUAACUUUCACCUCAGGAUUUCUAUCAAUGGACAUUAUGCGACUUUGUUCUCCUCAUUGAUAACAUUGUAUCAUUCAAGUCUCUGGAUCACAGAAGCGCUGGACUAUUUUAAUAUUGCUAACUUUUAUACUUCUAAAUUUUUC